GAACAGGAAGUUCCGGGCAGGCGUCAGCCAUAAUGAAAGCGCCAGAACUGUUCUCUGAAGACGAUAGCUUUUAUGUCCGUUUCAAAUGUAUUACUAAAAGACCGACUCAGAUUAAGUCUGAGGCUGGUAACAUCAACAGUGAAGACAAUCCCAGCCUGCCACUCUCCUUCCACACUGAGUCCAAACCUAUAGUCACUGGGUCCUGAUUGUAACAGUGGAGCCCAGUUUGCACUGCAGGAUCCAGAGAUGGCAUCAGUGAAGCUGGAAGACUGCAGUCAAACACUGGAGCUGAAUGUCAACAUUAAAGAUGAAGAAGAGGAGGAGAAGAUUAGGACAACUGUUAGUCAUGGAGAACAUGUUGAGACAUUCUCUACAUCCAGAGAGCAACAGCAGGAAGAUCACAGAGCCAAGAGUUCUCAUCACUGCCCACAUUGUGAGGAGAUUUUCCCAAUUAUUACAAAACUAAAAUUACACCUAAAAAUACACACAGGAGAGAAUCUGUAUUCCUGUACUGACUGUGGAAAGAGAUUCACAACAUCAAGGGCUCUGACACUUCAUCAGAGAGUGCACACUGGAGAGAAGCCUUACUACUGCUCGUACUGUGGGGAGAGUUACUCUCAACAGAGCAACUUCAAAAAACACCAACGUCUACACACAGGAGAGAAGCCUUACUCCUGCUGUGACUGUGGAAAAUGCUUUACAACAUCAUCUGAGCUAACAGUUCAUCAGAGAACACACACGGGAGAAAAGCCUUACAUCUGCUCUGACUGUGGGAAGAGUUUCUCCCACCUGUGUAACUUUAAAGCACACCAACGUAUACAUGCAGGAGAGAAGCCGUUCUCCUGCUCUGACUGUGGGAAGAGUUUCUCUCAACAGAACCAUUUAAAGUCACACCAACGUAUACACACAGGAGAGAAGCCUUACUUCUGCUCUGACUGUAGGAAGAGUUUUUCCCACCUGUGUAACUAUAAAGCACACCAACGUAUACAUGCAGGAGAGAAGCCGUUCUCCUGCUCUGACUGUGGGAAGAGUUUCUCUCAACAGAACCAUUUAAAAGCACACCAACGUAUACACACAGGAGAGAAGCCUUACUACUGCUCUGACUGUGGGAAGAGUUUCUCUCGAUUGGAUACUUUAAAAUCACAUGAACGUAUACAUACAGGAAAGAAGCGUUACUACUGCUCCGACUGUAGGAAGAGUUUCUCCCACCAGGGUAGCUUAAAAAAACACCAAUGUAUACACACAGGAGAGAAGCCUUACUCCUGCUGUGACUGUGGAAAAUGCUUCACAACAUCAUUUGAUCUAAAAGUUCAUCUGAGAACACACACUGGAGAAAAGCCUUACAUCUGCUCUGACUGUGGGAAGAGGUUCUCUCAACAGAACCAUUUAAAAACACAUCAACGUAUACACACAGGAGAGAAGCCUUACUACUGCUCUGUCUGUGGGAAGAGUUUCUCUCAACAGAGCAACUUAAAAACACACCAACGUAUGCAUAAAGGAGAGAAGCCUUACUACUGCUCUGACUGUGGGAAGAGUUUCUCUCAACAGAGCAACUUAAAAACACACCAACGUAUACAUAAAGGAGAGAAGCCUCAUCAGUUCUCUCAGACCAGCUAAGAUUAAAAUCACUCCCAUCACUCAAUUUUCAUCUCAUUGCUUGACUUGGACUGAAAUAGGUGCCGGUACUGUUUUGUAUUUAGCUUCCACUACAUACAUCAUUCAUAAGUAAAUUAUCUGUUAUAAAAUAUAAAUUGGUAUGUGUUAUUCACUGACAUGUGGACUUAAACUUCAUUGUGUUCUGUGACAUUUUAAUCACUGCGUUGUAGAGAUGAUCUCUUUAUCUAUUUAUGUUGCUAUUGUGAGGUUGACACACGUCUAGCAGAUUUAAUUAGUCUGUCAUAGGUUGUUAUUCUAUUCGUAUUAUACGGUAAUUCAUCAGUUCUGCCCCACAAAGGAAAAUGUCAAUAAACUCAGUGAUGUACUU